AUGAGUUUCUCGGGUAUGCUCAAUAAGCUGCAGGGUCAGCCGGACAGUUAUGAGAAGAAGUCGUUAUAUCGCUUCGGUCGAACCCUCGGCGCAGGCACGUACGGCAUCGUCCGCGAAGCCGACUCCCCGGAAGGCAAAGUCGCCGUCAAAAUCAUCCUGAAGAAGAGCGUGCGCGGAAAUGAGCAGAUGGUGUACGAUGAGUUGGAGCUUUUGCAGCGAUUGAACCAUCCUCAUAUCGUGCAUUUUCGCGAUUGGUUUGAGUCGAGGGAUAAAUAUUAUAUUGUGACCGAACUCGCGACCGGAGGAGAAUUGUUUGAUCGCAUUUGCGAGUGUGGAAGGUUUACGGAAAAGGAUGCUUCGCAGACUAUCAAGCAGGUCUUGGAUGCGGUCCGGUAUUUGCAUGAGCGCAAUAUUGUUCAUCGGGACCUCAAACCCGAAAAUCUACUUUAUGCCACCGCUGCCACGGACUCCCCUCUUGUCCUUGCAGAUUUCGGUAUUGCUAAAAUGCUGGAAAGCUCCUCCGACGUCCUCACAUCCAUGGCUGGAUCGUUUGGAUACGCUGCCCCAGAAGUCAUGCUCAAAGAAGGCCACGGCAAACCCGCCGACAUGUGGUCCCUAGGCGUUAUCACAUACACAUUACUAUGCGGUUACUCACCUUUUCGGUCUGAAAAUAUGUCCGAUCUAAUCGAAGAAUGCCGUCACGGCAAAGUCCAAUUCCACGAACGCUACUGGCGCGACGUCUCCGAGGAUGCAAAGGAUUUUAUCAACACACUGCUAACAGCGGACCAAACCAAACGCGCUACAGCAGAGGAGGCGCUGACCCAUCGCUGGCUCAAGGGUGACACCGCCUCGGACCACAACCUGUUGCCCGAGAUCAAGGCCUAUAUGGCUCGCGCAAAGCUUCGUCGCGGUAUCGAAAUUAUCAAAUUGGCCAACCGUAUUGAAGCCUUGAAAAUGCAGGAAGACGAUGAGGAAUUUAAUGGUGCAGAUGCUUCAGCCGAGAACCGCGACACGUCGGAUAUUGUAUCUGCAUUCCCGGCCCUGUCAGUCACGAACCCAUCGGGCGACGUCAAGGAUGCAACGGAAACCUCAUCAUCGCAACAAUCACAGGAGGGAGUCACCACCAAAAAGCGAAGUCUUAGCCGUGUUGCGCGAGGCGAUAUUUUCAGAGAAAUUGUGCUUGCAAAAGUGCGUGAUGCGAAGCAAGAACAGGAAGCGAAGACGGUUGAAGCGGAGGCCCUUGCUCGUGCCGAAGCCAAUCGAUAA